GCGAGCGAGACCGGCAGUACUGCGAGCUGUGCGGGAAGAUGGAAAACCUGCUGCGCUGCAGCCGCUGCCGCAGCUCCUUCUACUGCAGCAAGGAGCACCAGCGCCAGGACUGGAAGAAGCACAAGCUCGUAUGCCAGGGCGGCGAGGGCGCCCCGGGCCAGGGAGCAGGCCAGCACCCGCACUCGGGCCCCGUGCCGCCGGCCGCCGCACCGCCGCCCAGGGGUGGCGGGGCCCGGGAAGCCAGGAAGGCACUGCCGCGCCGGGACGGUGCUGCCGCCGCCGCUGCUGAGGCCGUGGGCCCGCGGGCGGUCGGAGACACGACCAAGGCAAAGCCCAAGCCCAAGCCCAAGCCCGAGGUCGCUUCCCCGCCGAGCUCGGCUCCCGGCGCUCCGGGGCUGGGAACGGCGGGCGAGACGGAGCCCGCGAAGGAGGAGCCGCUGGCCCGCCCGUCGCUGUACCAGGAAAAGGCGAACCUGUACCCUCCGAGCAACACGCCGGGCGAGGGGUUGAGCCACGGCGGCGGUCUGCGGCCCAAUGGGCAGACGAAGCCGCUGCCCGCGCUGAAGCUGGCGCUGGAGUACAUCGUGCCCUGCAUGAACAAGCACGGCAUCUGCGUGGUGGACGACUUCCUGGGCAAGGAGACCGGCCAGCAGAUCGGCGACGAGGUGCGCGCCCUGCACGACACGGGCAAGUUCACCGACGGGCAGUUGGUCAGCCAGAAAAGCGACUCGUCCAAGGACAUCCGAGGCGAUAAGAUCACCUGGAUCGAGGGCAAGGAGCCCGGCUGCGAAACUAUUGGGCUGCUCAUGAGCAGCAUGGACGACCUGAUCCGCCACUGUAACGGGAAGCUGGGCAACUACAGAAUCAAUGGCCGGACGAAAGCUAUGGUUGCUUGUUAUCCAGGCAAUGGAACAGGUUAUGUACGUCAUGUUGAUAAUCCAAAUGGAGAUGGAAGAUGUGUGACAUGUAUAUAUUAUCUUAAUAAAGACUGGGAUGCCAAGGUAAAUGGAGGUAUACUUCGAAUUUUUCCAGAAGGCAAGGCCCAGUUUGCUGACAUUGAACCCAAAUUUGAUAGACUGCUGUUUUUCUGGUCUGACCGUCGCAACCCUCAUGAAGUACAACCAGCAUAUGCUACAAGGUACGCAAUAACUGUUUGGUAUUUUGAUGCAGAUGAAAGAGCACGAGCUAAAGUAAAAUAUCUAACAGGUGAAAAAGGUGUGAGGGUUGAACUCAAUAAACCUUCUGAUACAAUCAGUAAAGACAUCUUGUAGAGCCUUUGAUCCAGCAAUACCCCACUUCAUCUACAAUAAUUGUUGACACUAUUUGUUUAACUUGUGAAUACGAAUAAAUGAGAUAAAGACAAAAUAGACAACCAGUUGGCAUUUUAAUAAGGAAACCGAAACAACUUUUGUGUUGCAUCAGACAGAAGAUUUUGACUGUGUGGCUUUGUACUGCAUGAUAGACUCCAAACCUGUGAUUGCUUAUGGGAAGAAUAUAAGCUAUCAACUGAAAAUGUUAUCUACGUCUAGACAUGAAAUAAACGCCCUAGGUAGAUUUUUUUCAUUCUUAUAUUUUGCCAGAUCUGUCAUCUAGCUGACUUCAUUUCAUCUCUCCCUUUUUUAUAUAGUCAAGUUUGAAUUUGAAAUAAUUUUUGUAUGAUCAGGUACAAUUUAUCAAAACUGAAUUGAAAAAAUUACAGUAUUAUUUCCCAAAAUAGCAUCAAUCUAUUUUUGUAAACUUCUUCGAACUAUUAAAUUUUGCC